AUGAACAUCUAUCGUGAACAUGUCAAUCGAAAAUUCGACCUAAACUUGCGCUCCUCACAAGAUUUACAUCAAUGGUCUGUGAACAAUCUGCACGAUUUUUGGAUAGAUGUCCACCAGUACACGGGCAUUAUUCCACCAUUGCCCACAGGUCUAACAACUGCAUUUGAUCCUAACACGCCAAUGGAGAAGGUCCCUGAGUUUUUUCGUGGAGCUACAGUCAACUACGCAGAGAACGUUGUUACUGGCCGUGACUUGAACAAGACUGCUCUGAUUGGAGUCCGUGAAGGCCAAGACUUGAGCGGCGAAAUUUGGUCGUGGGAGUCACUACGCGAGAACAUAAGGAAAGCGCGGAGCGCGUUACUGCGUUUGGGUAUUCAAGAAGGCGAUCGAGUUGCUGCCAUCAUAUCCACCAGCGUAUGGUCGGUUGGUCUCUUUCUUGCUACCGCCAGCAUUGGUGCGAUUUGGACUAGCAUAGCGCCUGAUCUGGGUGAAGAAGGAUGUGUGUCGCGACUGCAACAAGUGACACCCAAAGUGCUUUUUGCCGACAGCGACUCGACAUACAAAGGUAAACUGCACUCAAACGUGUCGAAAAUCCAAAAUAUUAUCCGGGCUAUGAAGGUCAGGCCUAAGGUGUUUUUGAUACCCCUUGGCACGCAACAUGCGGAAUUUCCAACCCUUGAUCAGUUCUUGUCAUCAUCUCGAGCUGAUGAUAGAUUGGAGUUCAAGAGAUUGCCAUACUCUCACCCACUCUAUAUCCUUUACACCAGUGGGACAACCGGACAGCCAAAGUGUUUAGUACACAGCCACAGCGUGAUCUUGCAACACAAGAAGACAUCUGUUCUCCACAACUCCCUGACCUCUGACGACGUUGUGUUCCAGUAUAGCAGCACCUCAUGGGUGCUCUGGAACAUCAUGAUCGGUCACUUAUCAGUGGGCCCAACUUUGAUUCUAUAUGACGGAUCACCGCUGUGGCCCGGUGCAAAGGCAAUGGCGAAAAUUGCUGAGUAUCAUCGCGUGACAUAUUGGGGCUGCUCGCCUCGAUAUCUGCAGGAACUUGAAAUGACCCGCUGUAUCCCAAAAGACGAAUUUGACCUGUCUUGCUUGAGAAUGGUGCAGACGGGUGGUUCCCAUUUAGGCGCAGACCAAUACCACUGGUUCUAUCGCGCAUUUCCACCGAAUGUUCAUCUUACCAGUGUGACUGGUGGAACGGAUCUGGUGACAUCGUGGAUUGGAACUGAUCCUGCUGGCCCUCUUUACCCGGGAGAGAUCCAGCUUCCCAUGUUAGGCCAAGACGUGGAUGUGGCAGACCCUGUGACGGGCGAAUCCGUGAAAAUGACAGGAAAACAUGGCGAGUUUGUCUGCCGCCAGCCUUUCCCGUCUAUGCCAGCGUUCUUCUGGGGUGACACCGAUGGAUCAAAGUACAAAAGCACCUAUUUUGACAAAUUUCAGAAUUGUUGGGCUCAGCAUGAUUGGGCAAGCUACAACCCUCGGACCAAAGGCUGGCAGAUUCAUGGAAGAAGUGAUGGAGUACUCAAUCCGCAGGGUAUCCGGUUUGGUUCCUCUGAUAUAUAUUCCAUUACGGAGUCUGCACCCUUCAACAAGAGCAUCUCAUCAACUCUUUGCAUCGGCCGACGCCGACCGCAUGAUUCUGAUGAAUCAGUCUUCCUGUUCGUGGUUAUGCAGCCCGGCCAUAUAUUUACCAGUCAACUAGCGCUUGAGUUGAAGGCUGCGAUUCGUAAGGGACUUAGCAGCAAGCAUGUCCCGCGAUUUGUGCUCGGCGUGGACGAGAUCCCUAUGACCGUUAACGGGAAAAAGAUCGAGACUUUGGUAAAAUCCGUUAUUUGCACCGGUAAUUUGCCCAAAGCCAUUAGCAGCACGGUCGCCAAUCCGGAAUGUUUGGAACGAUUUAGACAGUACUAUCAUCUGGAGGCUGUCAAGGACAACAGAGGCAAGCUAUAG